AUGGCUGAAGAAUCUAAUGAACAACUGCUACCCAAGGUGGUUGGUACAGUAAGAGCUGCCGCAGCUUUGGCUGCCCAAGAUGUGGACUUUUAUCGUAGCCUUGAUAAAGGAGUGGCUAAAUCUCUGGAUAAAACUUCAAAUGAGCUGGUGAGCAUGAUUAAUAGUACUCUUUUAUGUAUUGAUCAAAACUCUAGGCUUUUAGAAGGAGGUAAAGAAAAAUUAGAAGACUCUCGUAAGGACUUUAGCAAUUUGAUGGACAAUCUUUUCGAAAAGUCAGACCGGUCUUUGGAUAUCUUGAGAGGAAGAGCUCCUGAUCGUAAAGGAGCAGCAUUAAUGUACUUAGACGAUGCAGCAAGAAGUGAUAUGAUUCCCGCGAAACGUAUUCUGAAGCCCCAGGUCAGAUUCCAAAGGCCGAUUGACAAUACAGAAACGCAUCCAUUCAAGCCGCUGUUGGAAAAUAAACCCCAUGCAUUAAGACCGUUGUCAGACUGUGUUAGACUUGUUCAAGCUGAUGAAGAUAUUCCUGAGCACUACCCUCAGCCUUAUGAAUACGAGAUUGAAAAUCAAGAAUAUAAUGAAAGUAUCCUAAAGAUAGCGGAACCCAUCCCCUCGAAACCUUGGGAUGGAAGUGAACCAGUAUGGGUGGAUAAUAAGGAAUCAUUAGACUCGAUGUUACAAGACUUGAAAAAAUCUACCGAAAUUGCUGUUGAUUUGGAGCAUCAUGAUUAUAGGUCUUAUUAUGGUAUUGUAUGUUUGAUGCAAGUCAGCACGAGACAGACUGAUUAUUUGGUGGAUACACUCGCUCUACGAGAUGAUUUGGUGGUUUUAAAUGAAGUUUUUGCAAACCCCUUAAUUGUGAAGGUUUUUCAUGGUGCAUUUAUGGAUAUUAUUUGGUUGCAGAGAGAUUUAGGUCUCUAUAUAGUAAGUCUUUUUGACACCUAUCAUGCAUCAAGGGCGCUUGGUUUCCCCAGACAUAGCUUGGCAUAUCUGCUGGAAACAUUCGCAUCAUUCAAGACAUCUAAGAAAUAUCAACUGGCGGAUUGGAGAGUUAGGCCUUUGUCUAAAGCCAUGAGCGCCUAUGCGAGAGCGGAUACUCACUUCCUAUUGAAUAUUUAUGACCAGUUGAGGAAUAAAUUAAUAAUAGAAAACAAGCUCGCUGGUGUUUUAGCUGAAUCGAGAAAUGUUGCCAAGAGAAGUUUCCAGUAUUCCAAGUACAGACCGAAAGUCCCCAAUUCUUCUGUUUAUUCACCUGUCGAUAGAGCAGAUGGGUGGAAAGUUUUGAUGAAUCAGUACAACAUACCGCUGGAAAAGGAAAUACUGGUUAAAAAUUUAUACGAAUGGAGAGAUACAAUUGCUAGAAGAGAUGAUGAAUCGCCUAGAUACGUUAUGCCUAAUCAGCUUCUUGCAUAUCUGGUGGAUUACACACCACUUGAUCCUACUGGUGUAAUCUCCGUGAGCCCCACUGUUACAGAUCAUGUAAGAACCAAUGCUAAGGCGUUAGCUAAUCUGAUAGUCAAAAGUUUGCAACAGAUUGCGGAUGCGGGAAGUGAUAUCAAAGUCGAAUCCGUGCAGCAUAAGGACCAGCAUGAUUUGUCCCAAGUGUUGACAGUUGGUCAAAUAGAAUCACAGGUAUCUCAAUUUCAUGAUUUGUCUAAAGCCUUUAAGGGUUUGUCUCAAGGUACAAACUCUUCAAACUCUUCAUCCUCUAUAAUAUUCGGCAAUAUUUUACAUGCUCCAUGUGGAUUUGUUGGAUAUGGUCGCAGUUUGAAGAAACCCGUAACUGAUAAACAAAUUGAAAAACGUAAGCUGGAACUAUCAGAGGCACUCGAAUUUAUUGAUGCUGAAACUGCAACGACAAUCCAAGAAGAGGAUCGUGGCUCAGAACUAACACAUGAACCCGCUGAUGAUAAAAAGGUUUCAGAAAACGAUGAAUCUAAGAAGGAAGAAGCCAAAGAAACUGAACCUGAGGAGGAUAAGAAUGAAAUUAUUACUCUUAAGAAAGUAAAGGACAGAGGUAAGAAAUCGAAGAGAUCUAAUGAAUCGGAACCAGAGGAACCCAUUGAUUACAAGAAAUCUAAGAAAAUAUUAGAAACUGAAAAGAAGUCUAAAUCAACUAAAAAGAGAGCAUUCGAUCCCUAUGCCGCCAGCAAUGAUGCAGGAAAUGCACCUAAACCCAAGAAGAAGAGAAGAAUGGCCAGGGGUAAAAGCGCCUCUUUCAAGCGCUAA